UCCAAGAUUAAAUUUAAAAGUACUGAAUCUAUUUAUGUAGGUACAAUCACACUAAAAUAAGUUAGUUUAAUUUUAUCUAAGUACUCUUUUGAAGAGAUUUGGUCUAGAUCAAUGUUUUAUUUUGAGUUGAAAAUGAAUCAUUUGAGGAUAAAUGGGGUCAUGUUAUUACUCUCGUUCAUUUGUAUUCUGAUUCAACAUCGAUCAACAAAAGCGGAUACAAACACGAUUCAAUGGAACACUGAUGCUAAAGCUCCUCAUGAAAUAAGAUAUAAUUGGACCAAACCUGAUUUUAUAGAAGUACGAUAUAAUCGCAUACAAAUAUGCACGGAUAUUCCUACUAAGAAAACACAAAAAAGUAAAUGGAGGGUAUGUUUACAUCCACACGGUAUAGAAAAUUUCACCCAUUCUUACAUUGGUUUGCGUUUCCAAUUGGUCAAUUGUGGUGACGAGUUUAAAAAAACUAUUGUGAAAUUCAAAGCUUCAGUUAUCGAUAAUGAACACCGAGAGACGGAAUCAAAAGAAGAAGUAAAAGAAUUCAACGCUGACAUAAACGAAAUCUGUUGGGAAGAAUUUUGCGAAGGCGACGACAGAAAGUAUAUUCAGUAUAAGUUACUGAAAAAUGGCGCGUUAACUAUUUUCAUUCGAAUAUCGUAUUACAUCGAAUGCAGUAAACAUACCACUUCUCUUGGGCCUAACAUUGUCAAAUGUGAUCUGUUCAAUGACUUGGAUUCAUUACUUAAAGAUCCCAUACAUGCGGACGUCGAAUUACAACUACGAUCAAACGGGAAAGAAUAUUACGCUCAUAGAGCUAUUUUGGCAGCUCGUAGUGGCCAUUUUGCACGCGAGUUUAAAUACUUUGACUUUGACAAAGUACAUAAACGAAUCUAUGUAGAUAUUGCAAACACGGAUGAAGAAAUAAUGAAUGAAAUUCUACGGUACAUUUACACGGGAAAAUGCGAAAUUUAUUCGGAUGAAAUGGCAGAAAGGUUAUUCGUGGCAGCUGAUGAAUACGAAUUGAAAGGUUUGAAGACACUUUGCUCGCAGUUUAUGUGCGAUGAGUUGUCGGUUGAAAAUGCAGCAAAAAUGCUGGUUUUGGCGGAUAAAUAUCCUGUGGAUGAAUUCAAAUCCAACGUGGUUAGUUUUAUUGUUGAGAACUCUUUCCAAGUAUUGAAUACUACUGACUGGAAAAAUUUGGUUGAAUCGAAUCAUCAGCUGCUCAGAGAAAUGUGUGCGAUUUUCGCCCAUCGACUUAGUAGCAGAAACGAUAGAACGACCUAAUGCUCCAUGAAUAAAUUUUGCAGCUAACAUCACUUUUUUUUCUUAUUAAGUUACUUAGGUAAUCGUUUCUUUAGAUAUGUGGUUUUAUUUUUCAGUUUUAGCGAGUUAACUGUACCUAAGUAAUUUAAGUAGGUACUGGUUUGUACAAACAUUGUGAUAUUAAGGAAACACUUUAAUCAAUCUGAUAAGAUAGGUACCUGGAUUAGGUACAUAUUUGAUAAAGUCAAUUUUCAAAUCUAAAAUAAUUGAAUGCGAUAAUUUGGUUCGAGAGUAAGUUGAAUGUGGCUUCCGUAAAGUGUUUUAGACGACAUUGUCUUUUUCUUUUGCGUUGAAAUUUGAAAAUGAAUAAUCUUGCGAACAUGAAUAGAUUCAUAUUAUUUUUUAUUUAUGUUCUUUAUCAGGUUGGGACUUUAUCAUAGUAGUUAAGAUAUCUUAGAUUUGUAUUCAAAUAUAUUUUCAUAUUU